GCUUUUCACACCGCCCUGUAUGUCUCACCUGAGUUUCCGUACUGCACUCAGGAAGUAAAAUUAUACAAGGUCAUGCAAGAUGGCCCCCAAACCAUUAGCACCGUUAGCAAAGAGACUGUUCAAAGGAGUAGUACUACUUGAAGUGGCAGGUGUGCUGGGUGCUUAUGGUCUUUUUUACAAGAUGAACACAAGUCAAGAUUUCAGGAACAGUAUGAACAACAUGCUCCCCUCUGUACUGGAAGUUUAUUACAAGUCCAACGAAUAUGCAGGGGUUUAUGGGAUUCGAGAGAAAGACCUUGAAGAUUGGUCCAAGAAGGCAUAGAGGGUCUUGACGUCUCUGCCUCGGACCCAGUCGUCCCUCUGGGCUUCCCACUUGAGCUGCCUGACACCUGGAGGAAGAGAAGACAGAAGAGCAAUGAGCAAAAACCACAGACAGACUGCACCCUCUACUGAAGUUAGUUCAUCAUCUGUAUUCAACAACCUGCUUCAUUCGAAAUGUGCCCAGUUGUUAUCUUAGGGUUACCUUUAGAUCUGUGGUUCUCAAUCCUGGUCCUAGGGACCCAAAGGGGUGCACAUUUUUGUUUUUGCCCUAGCACUACACACCUGAUUCAA